AUGAUGGCACCAUAGGUGAAAGCCUUGGUUGAGUUCAAAGCAGGUAAAAUGACAUUCGAUGGGAAGAUGGUCAAGCCAGAUAGAAGACGAGGCAUUAUAAAAAUUGUUGCUGAUUAGUCUGGAAUGAAGCAAUUUUAGUUACUUGAUGCUGAUACCAAGACUUAAAUAGAGAGUUUUUAUGUUUUCCCUGGAGAUGCAAAAUUUGAGAAAGUAAAGUAAAGCAAAGACAGAGUCUAUUUAUUAGAGUUCUCAAGUACUUCGCAAAGACAUUUUUACUGGAUGCAAGAGGCUGAUAAGGACAAAGAUCAGGAAAGAGCUACUUAGGUGCACAAUACUCUUAAUAACAUUUAAGCUGCACCAGCAACACAGACAUAAGCUUAAAGUCAGCCAACAACAGCAAGCGGCUAAAGAACAGGUCCAUCAAUGCAGAGCUAGAAUGCCUAGCAGCAACCUAGAGCAAAUGCAAAUCCAAGUCAGUUCGAUGAUCUAAUGAGUUAAUUAUUGCAGUCAAUGGGUCAAGGAGCCUCGUAAUUCGAAAGAUCGCCAGGUCUUGCAAAUAUCUUGACUACUGAGGGUAUGCUUAAGUUGAUUGAAGAAAAUCCAGAUGUAAGAUAAGCACUAAUUGAAUAACUGCCGGAAGGCUAGCAAGACGAGCAAGGUCUUAAAGACAACAUCUUAUCUCCAUAGCUAAGACAAGCAUUAGGCAGUUUAACUCAAGCAAUUUAAAGCGAUUAAAUUUCAAUUAUACUAGGAUCACUAGGAUUAGACUAAUCAGUUUUGAAUAACUCAAAAGAUGGAGUAGAGGCACUUAUAAAUGCUCUUAUUAAGAGACAUUCCAAGAAAGAUUGA